AUGUGCGCCAUGCUCGCAGACGCGGACAAGGACGAAGAGCUGCACUUGCUCUCGGACGGCAAGACGCGAUACACAACGGGCAGUUGCGUUUCAUGCCUGUAUCACCUCAAGGACAUCGAUGGCUCGCACCAGGGCUUCUUUGUGUUUCCGGACCUCAGCAUUCGCAUCGAGGGUAAAUAUCGACUCAAGUUGUGCCUGUUUGAGACGAUUGGGACGGAGGUGCACCACUGCAGGAGCAUCUACUCUGAUCCAUUCAUGGUAUACACGGCGAAGCGGUUUCCAGGCAUGGAGGAGUCCACGCGCUUAUCGCGCACAUUUGCCGACCAGGGGCUCAAAGUUCGCGUUCGCAAGAAUCCUCGA